AUGUUGUCCUACUGUGGCGUGGCUUCCCACGCUGACCUACCAGUGAACGGACGUUCGUUGAUAGGAGCUUCGCACAAUGACACCCGUCAGCAGCUUACCGCUCGUGCACCUUGUGUCCAAUUGACGGUGUUUCGUGAAUCCCUGAAUUGGAAAAACCACCAAUUUGCCUCACGGCUUUCUCAAGAUGAGAUAUUCCACGUCAAACUCUGCAAGCGGCGCGGCAGAGUUUUGGGCAUCAAAUUAGUGGGGAAACGUCAUCUACCGGGACUCUACGUGUUGGAACUGGUGCCAGGAUGCGAGGCCGAACUUGACGGGCGGCUGCGAAAAGAUGAUCAAAUUUUGGAAAUCAAUGGGAUCAAUUUGUCCAAUGGGUCACAGGAACAAGCAGCACACAUCAUUAAUACGUCCGCUGAUUUCGUGAACUUCAAAGUGAGGCGCAGGUAUCGCUCGGACACUCCGGAUAUUUUGAGGACAGCGGGAGAAUCAAAUGAACAGACUGACGUAUCCAUCGCUACGCACGUUGUUGGUCACAAGGUCUUUGAUACACCGCGCUUAGGGCGGAACAGACUAUGUUCAUCAGAAUCAAUGAGACCUCGUCUGCAAAGAACCCGUUCUGUACAGUCAGACACCGAAAGGAGGUUAGUGUCGUCAUUUCAGACAGAAACGUCCUCUCUGCACGCCAGUCAGACUGCAUCUUCCUUAAUAGAAGGUGACAUAGUCGCGACGUCAACUUCUCCACUUUUAAACGAUGAUGAAGACCAAGAAACGGACAGUGGAAGAUCACCGCAGCACUUCGUGCACCCGUUCAAGGACACCGGGCCCAUAGAGUCGAAGGUACUUCGAAUUGUCGGUGCCGGUUUCCCAAUGCAUUGGCUGCGACUGAGUGCUAAUUUUAUUGUAUUGUAG